AUGAAUGUAGUCCUGCGUUUUGACGCCGAGCCCACUACUACUACUACUUGGUGUCGGGACCCGAGAGAUCCCAACAUGCUCAUCGCAUUGGCCUGUGCUCUGUGUGUGAGAGCAGUGGCCGGUCUGCCCCCAUCUCAUCCACCUCUGCCAUCGUAUGAGUUUUUCUUCUUCGCCGGUUUAAUGAUCGCCGAUAUGAUAGUGUUUGCGAUAAUGGCGUACUUCUAUCAGCCAUACGAGCCCUUCAAAGACAGCGAUGAAAACAACACCGCUUUCAACGCUAAUGAAGAGAAGACGCCUUAUUUGAACGGAAGCGCCGAUAAAGAACUCAAUACACCGACGACUCAGAGGAAUGGCAAGAAUGGCGUCUCAAACGAUGGCUUCAACGAAGAAGACACCAAAUUCUGAUACAAAGAGACAGAUCUAAACAAAUGAACCACUUUUUAUGAACAAACAAUUUUUUCACUAAUAAAAAACCUGUAGAUAUUUUUGUGGAUUAAUAAUUAUGAUAAGUUUGUCUUUCAGUUUUGAACCCACUUUUUAUUUUGUCGUCAAUAGUAUAUUAUUAUCGCAUAAUUAUUACU